CACACACAUACGCACACACGCACAUCACAGCGGCGGCGGCGGCGGAGCUUUGCAUCAUGCGGGAGGGCUCAUGAUAAGAAACCUGUUACACGCUGCACAUGUGAUGGCACGCAGCCGCGCCGCCGGGUCCUCCUCCGCAGAUUAAUUAGCGGGCGGACUUGCAACUCCUCAGAGUGUCUCGGAUCGGGUGUCUUAAUGAGGAUAUUGCGACAAUGGCCAAGGACAAGACAGAAAACCGGACGCUUCAGUAUCAGCAAACUUUGAUGUAUGGGCGGUACACCCAGGAGCUGGGUGUGUAUGCCAAGGAGGAAGCAGCCCGCCUACGGGAUGGAGGAGUGCGGGAUGGUGGAGCACUGCGGAGGAACACCAGUGUUCGCAGUCGUGCUGCAGAUCUGCUGGAGUAUGAGAAGGACCCCUGUGCAAAGUGCCACUUGUGUGCAUCUCGCUGCCAGAAGUUCCUGAUCUCGCGGGUGGGGGAGGACUGGAUCUUCCUCAUUCUGUUGGGGCUGCUCAUGGCGCUGGUCAGCUGGGUCAUGGACUACGCCAUCGCCUUCUGCCAAGAAGCACAGAAGUGGAUGUUGGGUGGACUGGACAGUAACAUGCUUCUGCAGUACAUCGCCUGGGUCACCUACCCUGUAGUGCUCAUCACUUUCUCAGCAGGAUUCACUCAGAUACUGGCGCCUCAGGCUGUAGGUUCAGGUAUUCCAGAGAUGAAGACGAUACUGAGGGGGGUGGUCCUAAAGGAGUACCUGACAUUUAAGACGUUUGUGGCCAAAGUCAUUGGUCUGACCUGUGCUCUGGGCAGUGGGAUGCCUCUGGGGAAGGAGGGACCCUUCGUUCAUGUUGCCAGUCUGUGCGCCGCUCUCCUGAGCAAAGUUAUGGCUCCUCUUUUCGGUGGGAUUUACAUGGAAGAGCCCUUUGAGGGGAGCAAGAACGAGCUGAGGAACACAGAGAUGCUGUCGGCCGCCUGUGCAGUGGGUGUGGGCUGCUGCUUCGCUGCCCCUAUUGGAGGGGUGCUGUUUAGUAUUGAGGUCACUUCAACAUUUUUUGCGGUGAGGAACUACUGGAGGGGCUUCUUCGCCGCCACCUUCAGUGCCUUCAUAUUCAGAGUGUUGGCAGUGUGGAAUCAGGAGGAAGAGACCAUCACUGCUCUCUUUAAGACCCGUUUCCGUCUUGACUUCCCGUUUGACCUUCAGGAGCUUCCAGCGUUUGCCAUCCUCGGGAUUGCCUGUGGUUUUGGUGGUGCUCUGUUUGUCUACCUGAACCGCCUGAUUGUGGAGUGCAUGAGGAAACAGAAGACUAUUAACAAGUUCUUGCUGAGGAAGCGCCUGUUGUAUCCCGCACUUGUCACCCUGCUGGUCUCCACUCUCACGUUCCCUCCAGGCUUCGGGCAGUUCAUGGCCGGACAGCUGACGCAGCAAGAGUCUCUGGUCGCACUAUUCGACAACCGCACAUGGUGCCGCCAGGGCGUGGCAGAGGAAUUCGACUACAUCAGCCACAACCACGCCUGGAAGCACCCACAGGUCAAUGUCUUCAUCACACUCAUCCUCUUCAUCAUCAUGAAGUUCUGGAUGUCCGCUGUGGCCACCACCAUGCCUGUCCCAUGCGGAGCCUUCAUGCCAGUUUUUCUUAUCGGUGCAGCAUUUGGCAGACUUGUCGGAGAGAUCAUGGCAGCCAUGUUUCCUGAUGGGAUACAUGCAGUCGGCAACGUGUAUCCCAUAGUUCCUGGCGGUUAUGCUGUCGUUGGUGCUGCAGCGUUGUCUGGAGCAGUCACCCACACUGUAUCCACAGCAGUCAUAGUGUUUGAGCUGACUGGUCAGAUCUCCCACAUCCUGCCUGUGAUGAUCGCUGUGAUCCUGGCCAACGCCGUGGCCCAGGCGCUCCAACCAUCAUUGUACGACUCCAUCAUCCGCAUCAAGAAACUCCCUUAUCUGCCUGAACUGGGCAUGGGACAUCACGAGAAGUAUAAUAUCCGUGUGGAGGACAUCAUGGUCAGGGAUGUGCGCUUUAUCACUCUUAACUCUUGCUAUCGGGACCUGCAGGAGAUGCUGCUGACUGGUCAUCUCAAAACACUGGCCCUGGUUGAGUCCAGCGACUCCAUGAUCCUGCUGGGCUCCAUAGAGCGCCUGCAGCUCCAGUCGCUGCUCGCGCUUCAGCUGGGCCACCAGCGGAGGCUGGAGUACCUCCGCCAGCUGGCCCAAGACAACGGCACCCACAAUCACCUGCCCAGCCUGACCACCGACAGCACGCCCAGCUCCCCCUCCUCCCACACCAACACCAACGCCUCGUCCAACACCAGCGCUCGCCAAGCGGUCCGCUUCCUGGUGAGCACCCAACAGAUCUCCACAGAGGAGUCUUCCUCCUUCAGCCCAGUGGUUUCCAAUGUUCAACUUCCUCUGAAAUCUGCCUUGAAAACUGUGUCCGCCAUCAGCGACACAGAGACGCCAAAUAGCUCUCAGACCCUCUCCUGUGCUGACCAAGACAAAGAGCUGCUGGAGAGCCCGGCUGGGCCGGCUCCUCCUGAAAAAAGAAAGCCCAAGCCCAAACGAGUGAGGAUCUCCAUGGCGGACUCAACUGAAGUGGACGAUUGCAUGAGCCCAUCAGAUAUAGCAGAGUGGGAGGAGCAACAGCUCGAUGAGCCGGUGGAUUUCAAGAACUGCAAGAUUGAUCCCGCUCCUUUCCAGCUGGUGGAGCAAACAUCUCUGCAUAAGACUCACACCAUCUUCUCUCUGCUGGGUCUGGAUCACGCCUAUGUGACCAGCAUGGGACGUCUGGUUGGAGUGGUCUCUCUCAAAGAGCUGCGUAAGGCCAUCGAGGGCUCAGUGACAGUGACUGGAGUAAAAGUGCGCCCUCCGUUGGCCAGUUUCCGUGACAGUGGGAACACUGCGACUGUGUCCGAGGUAACAGAACUACACAAGCUGUGCAUCCGCCACAGGGGGCUCUCGUUGCCACGGGAACCCAACCACCCUCCUAAUGUGGAGGGACAGCCAGAUCUCCCGUACAAAGAGAUCCCCGUCAACUUCUCGGACCAAACGAAUUUGCAGUUUGAAACCAGCCCCGGUGACGCCUCGAGUCAGUCGUCGGAGUUGGUGCUCCAGGAGAGCCCCUCGUUCACCGAGGACCAAUCAGAGUUUACUUUUGACUGCAGCCCCUCCCACACUGAGGAAUCAGAGCUGGCCUGUGACUAUGACCCCCUCACCUACACUCCUGAGCCGGACGUCACAGAGCAAGAGCUGGGGAGUCCAGCUCUGAACAAGGACCAAUCAGAACCUGUGGGAGAGGGUGGCCCCACCCACACUGAGGAUCGAUCAGAAUGAUCAGAGGGGAUCCAUGCUGUCGCCUCAUGAAUGUUGACGUUUCUUACAUGUGUAGAGGUCACUCUCACCUCCAAGUCCAGCCUAGAUACCUGUGUUUCUAACGUUGUUGUGGCGUGAGUGGACGAGUGAAGGAGAGCAUGUGUGAAUUCAUUUUUUUUUUUUCAAACUGUGCAGAUGUUUGUUUCAAAGGAUGACGCUGGCUUUAUUCUAUAUUUUUUUACUGUCAACAAAUCCAGUGCGUUUGUUCCAUUCUCUCUGACCUCCCUCUCCUGUUUGUGGCUUUUCGAUUCCAAUUGAAGAUGCAAAUCUUUAAAGAGGAGUGCCUCAGAUUUGACACAUCAAAGUCUGUUUACAGGUGUUGGAGAGCAACAUUGCAUAUCUGAUAAAAAUUAUACGAAGUGAUGCCACUUGAAUCAGCAUUGGUUUGAAGAUUAAAACAGAAAUCUGUUGGUGUGAGCUCAGAUAGAAGACCUGUCAGACCUCUUAAGAUCCUCAACUCUGCUUGAGGCUAACAGCUUGAGGCCACUAGCUUAGCGCAGCAUUCACACCAAAUCAGGCGUUGCAGCAAAAACGCCAUGCCGUUCAUUAGAGUGUGGGUAGUGCGGUGGUGGGGGCCACAGGGUAUGCCGAAGAAAAUCACAGCAGCCUGCUGCAAAAAGUUAAAACAGACUCACCUUUUUAAGAAAUGCAACCUGACAUCGCACUGCAGUAGCCAAUCAUGUAACCGGCAAUCAGACCGGAAGAUGCUGCAGCCCAUGGGAACACUUAUACAGUCUCUUUCUAUCAUUGCUGGUAACUUUUAAGGUGGAACGUAAACUUGUAAUGUUACUCAAUGCAUGAGUUGAUGACGUGAAGCAAUCACAGUGAAUUUCACUGUUACAACUUUAACCAUUACUGAAGUUUUCAUGUGACAUACACUUUAAGUAAUGAGUGGAUCUUCAAGCGUUUAUAUAUAUGAAUUUCGACAGGGACGACAUAUAUUCCAAUCCUCACUCAGAGUUUUAAAAAAAAGCAUUGCGGAGCCAUAUUCAUGUGGGCUCCGGCACACUAAACCCCUGAGCUUGCCUGAGAGGGACUAAAUGCACAAACCUGCUGUUUUUAAAUAUCCCAUAGAGACAGACUCUCACUGCGGCCUGUUCUAUUUUGUUCUGAAAAUGUCGGCGUGCAACUGCGUUCUAUGGAUGAUAAACGAGGUGCAGACUUCCAUCUGUGUCACCGGUGAAGAGGAAAUACAGUGAAUCCUGGACGGAGCAGUGAGUGACAACAACCCCGCCCACUUUUAAGGGUACUGUUUGCAGUGGAAACGCUAAACAGACAUAGGGUCUAGGUACCAUGUCUGAAGGGUUAAUUUUGGUUCCAAACAUACCUUACCGAGAGUGUUUAGUGGACCCAAAUACAAAGACUAGUUUGGUUUUGUUGACAAUAAGAAAAAUAUAAAACAUUACCAGCUGUAUCUUUUAAAGUGUGUGUGUGUGUGUGUGUGUGUGUGUGUGUGUGUGUGCGCGCGAGAGAGACUUUUUGACACUUUCCUUGCCAUGCUCAGAUUUGGUUCAGACUCUUAAACAUAAUUUGAGUCUUUGUGCCAAAAUAACAUCCUGUCAACAUGACUUCAGUUAUAUUUAGGGCUGAGUAUCAUUUGAAAAUAUUACAGUACCAGUACCCAAACCAGAUCCCUGAAAGUGAUACUAAUACAAGAAGAGUCCUUCUUUUGAUCCCCAUAAUGUAAACGGUGUGGCGUGUAUUAUGGCCAUAAUUUGGAACGUUUUGGUGGCAUCUCGGCACGCUGGACUGCAAACUCUGCCGCACUAGACUUCACCAAAACGCAGACUGUAUGUGUUGUAGCUGCUGCUGCUGCAGGAGUGUGAGCUCCGUGCAGCGACAGUUGGUGAAAGCUCCCCAAGAUGCACACAGACGGUAACAGGGCUAACUGCUAGCGUCCUCAACUGCAGUUGACAACUACAGAAUUCUGGUCUGAAUCAUUUCUAGCAACCAAAAUCUUUUCAGGUGGAGGUCCCUGAAGUCAAAUCUUAUCACAUGGGGGAUCAACUCUGACCUAAUAUCAAUCAAUUUAGGGGUCCUUGUCAUGAAAAAGGUUGGGAACUACUGACUCAGGCCCUGAUCACACAGAAAGCAUUUUAGCAGCUGGAGGCGCAUUUUUGUAAUUGAUUUUAAUGAGAAUAAAGCUUUUUGCUCAUGGUCACAACAACAAGUUUACAGUUGGUAAACAAUGGUGGUAGCAGUUAUACAGCCCGACAAUAGACAGCAGAUGGCAGCAACAGAAAGUUUGCUGAUCGGUUGUGGAGUUGGGACAGAGUAGGAUCAGACACCCGGCACAAAAGGAUCUAAUGCAGGUAUCGUUUGACGGGAGACGCGUCAGUACUACUUGGUACUGGGUUAUUUCGGCUGAUAACUUGAAGGUACUGAGAACUGAUACUCAGCCCUAGUUCCAUUACAAGGAGUGAAAAAAGUCACAUGCAAAUAAUGUAGAGGGAACAAUAUAAGGAGCAAAUAAUGGAGAAGAAAGCACAGAAGAACAAAGAAUAUUAUUCCAAUGAGCACAUGAUGGUAUGAUUUCAGACUACUACCUAUUUAUUAGCACUGGACUUAUACUAGAGGUCCAGAAUUCAUGGCUAAUAAUUUUAAGAUAUAGAGGUGUUGGUUAUGUGUUGGCUUAUAUGCAAUAAAUUUACAGUAAUAAUGCUGUCGAAGGUGGUUUAAUAGCAACAGUGACAUCAUUAGUUUGACUCCAGUGUUCACAACACAUAUCUUAUUUUUAUUUCUUUAUUUUACUAGCAGCUGUUGGUGUCAUAUCAGCCCCCGAAGUCCCCAAAUCGACUGGGAUCUACUGUUCAAAGGCAGCUUCAGUUCCAAAGGUCCACCAAGCUUAGUACAGGGAUCCGAAUACUGGUGAAGCACAUUGUAAUUACCAUGAGUAUAAUUUCCUGCACAUGUAGCCUCGUUUGGCUUCAGAGGAGCUGAUUCAGUGAGGGCAACUGUCAGUCCUGUCACUUGAGCUGCCUCUACAUCCUCUGCUACGUGAAUUUAAUUGCGUGUUUAACGUGUUUCUAGCAUGAUUAAAGGAACAACACUUGAGCUCCGAGCGAAAGAUACCGGCUGUUGUACAGAGCACACAAACACACUCACACUUAUACGCACACGUGUAUGCGGCCUGUAGAUAUUAACACCGUGAUAUGUUCCACGUAUCUUUACAACAGAGUACAUUUAAUCCAGCCUGGCCUCCAAUGCAAUGUCAAGAAAUGUAACUAAGCACAGUGAUAACCCACAAACUGUUGUAGAGCAAAAGUGCGUGUGAGUCCUCGUUACGACCCUCAAAUUGAUGUAUUUUUAGCUUCAUGCAAUUUUUGAGCCAUGUUUCAAUUUUAUGUGAUGUCAUCGCAGCACCAACUCAUGUUUUGUCUGCGUAAACAUUUGUGCAACGAUUUAUUAACGUCUUAACCUUUCGUUUGCAUAUAGAAUGUGAAAUAGUGCUCGCCAUAUAAGAUAACGCAUAAGGAGUUAAAUGUAGAGAGUGUAUAAGCUAAUUUGCAGCGUAUCUAGUUAAGCAAUAAGUCUGUAGUAUCUCCCUUUAUAUGGCACUGGCCUGUAUAUGCUUUGUACAUAUGAACAUACACGGAUGAGAUCUACGUACACGCUAUUGUACAUAGGAGAAUUAUGCAUUUGAAAUCCAACAGCCAUCGUUAUUUUUCAGAGGACAUAAAAUUGUUUUUGUACAUGAGUGAAUGAU